CUGGGCCCCAGGCGGCCGCCCGGGCGCGGACCAUGGCCACCCACCAGCUGCGGGUGCCCCCGCCCCCGGCGCUGCUCCGGCCCCUGACCCUCCCCAGCCGGCUGCUGCUGGGGCCCGGCCCCGCCAACCUGGCGCCCCGUGUGCUGGCGGCCGGCGGCCAGCAGAUGAUCGGCCACGUGCACAAGGAGAUGUUCCAGAUAAUGGACGAGAUCAAGCAAGGCGUCCAGUACGUGUUCCAGACGCAGAACCGCCUGACGCUGGCCUUGAGCGGCUCCGGCCACUGCGCCCUCGAGGCUGCCCUGGUCAACAUCCUGGAGCCGGGGGACUCCUUCCUGGUCGGGGUCAACGGCAUGUGGGGGCAGCGGGCCGUGGAAAUCGCCGAGCGCAUCAAAGCCCGUGUGCACCCGAUGGUCAAGGGCCCUGGAAGCUACUUCACGCUGCAAGAUGUGGAAAAGGGCCUGGCCCAGCACAAGCCGGUGCUGCUCUUCCUGACCCACGGGGAGUCCUCGAGCGGCAUCCUGCAGCCCCUGGACGGCUACGGGGAGCUCUGCCACAGGUACGGGUGUCUGCUCCUGGUGGACUCGGUGGCAUCUCUGGGCGGGGCCCCCAUCUACAUGGACCAGCAAGGCAUCGAUAUCCUGUAUUCGGGGUCCCAGAAGGCCCUGAAUGCCCCCCCAGGCACCUCGAUUAUCUCCUUCAGUGAGAAGGCCAAGAGCAAGAUCGACGCCCGCAAGACGAAGCCUUUCUCCUUCUACCUGGACAUCAAGCUGCUGGGCAACUUCUGGGGCUGCGACGACCAGCCGCGGACGUACCACCACACCACCCCCGUGGUCAGCCUGUACAGCCUGCGCGAGAGCCUGGCCCUCCUGGCCGAGCAGGGCCUGGAGAACAGCUGGCGGAAGCACCGGGAGGCCACCGAGUACCUGUACGGGCGUCUGCAGGGGCUGGGCCUGAAGCUCUUCGUGAAGGACCCUGCCCUGCGGCUGCCCACCGUGACCACCGUGGCCGUGCCCGCCGGCUACCAGUGGAAGGACAUCCUGCAAUACCUCAUGGACCACUUCGGCAUCGAGAUCAUGGGUGGCCUGGGGCCCUCGGUGGGCAUGGUGCUGCGCAUCGGCCUGCUGGGCUACAACGCCACGCGCGAGAACGUGGACCGGCUGACGGAGGCGCUGCAGGAGGCGCUGCAGAACUGUCCCCGGAACAAGCUGUGA